ACACACACACAUCUGGAAACAGUCAGAGCGUCUACAUGCACGAGGAGGAGGGGGGCUACCUCUCUCUCUCUCUCUCUCUCUCUCUCUCUCUCUCUCUCUCUCUCUCUCUCUCGGUAUCACUGCAGAGCUGAGCUGCAGCAGAGGCAGAGAGGAGAAGAGUGAGCUCCAAGUCCCGAUCAGUGAGACACAGAAAGACAGACAGACAGGCGCACAGACUGACAGACAGACCGGCGGACCAUAGACUGGAUCAGGACAGAGAACCCGGUCUCCGGAUGAGACAGGACGGCCUUGCUUCUCUCUUUUUGGGGGAGAAUAACCGACAACCUUUUGGGAGAUUGAACCCCGCGCUGCCCACCAUGGAAUACCUACACUCUUCUCAUUUUCUAAUUUUUCUCCAAAACCUCCUCCUCCUCCUCCCCGUCCUCUCCUCCCCCUCCACCUCCUCUUCUCCUCCAGCUGUUUCCCCUCUCUUCCAUUCACCUACAGGGAUAACCUCGGACUACAUUUAUGGUAAAUGAAAGCAAAAACAUGUACAUCCCGGAGGACACCCUUGAGAAUCAUCAAGGCUCCGACUACUCUCCGCCUCCCCCGCUGCCUCGGCCGCCUCCAUCCAGUCUCCCCAAUGAGCACAGCGGCAGCGGGAGCCAUGGUGACUGCGGUGGGAGAGGGGGCGGGGUCAACCACGGGGUUGGUGUGGUCGGCCUGGCUCCAGAGCACAUCCCCACACCGGGGGCGGCCUUGAGCUGGCAAGCAGCCAUCGAUGCUGCGCGGCAGGCUAAGAUGAUGGGUAACGCCUCACAGGGAGGGACGGGACUCGAGUCGAGAGGGGGCGGGCCCAUCUCCACGGCUAGCUCCACGCAGAGGAAGAGACAACACUACAGCUCCAAGCCUAAAAAGCAGACCACAACGACAGCCACAAGGCCACCGCGAGCCCUACUCUGCCUCACGCUCAAGAACCCCAUCCGCAGGGCCUGCAUCAGCAUUGUAGAAUGGAAACCAUUUGAGAUCAUCAUCUUGAUGACCAUUUUUGCCAACUGUGUGGCCUUAGCUGUCUACAUCCCCUUCCCUGAGGACGACUCCAACGCCACCAAUUCCAACCUGGAGCGUGUGGAGUAUCUGUUCCUCAUCAUCUUCACAGUGGAGGCGUUCCUGAAGGUGAUAGCCUACGGCCUGCUCUUCCACCCCAAUGCCUACCUGAGGAAUGGCUGGAAUCUGCUCGACUUCAUUAUUGUAGUCGUGGGGUUGUUCAGUGCGAUCCUGGAACAGGCCACCAAGGUGGACGGGGCCACUCCUAUCGGCGGGAAAGCAGCGGGCUUCGAUGUCAAGGCUCUGAGGGCAUUCAGAGUCCUCAGACCCCUCAGACUGGUCUCUGGAGUACCCAGUUUACAAGUAGUUUUGAACUCCAUAAUCAAAGCCAUGGUUCCUCUGCUCCAUAUUGCCCUGCUGGUCCUCUUCGUCAUCAUCAUCUAUGCCAUCAUUGGCCUGGAGCUCUUCAUGGGCAAAAUGCACAAAACCUGCUUUUUCUCCAAGGAUGCCAUCAUUGCAGAGGAAAAGCCGGCACCCUGCGCUCCCAACGGCUCUCACGGUCGCCAUUGUAUUCAGAAUGGAACACAUUGCAAUGUAGGAUGGGAGGGCCCCAAUGACGGCAUCACUAAUUUUGACAACUUUGCCUUCGCCAUGCUGACUGUGUUCCAGUGCAUAACCAUGGAGGGCUGGACGGACGUGCUCUACUGGGUCAAUGACGCAGUAGGAAACAAGUGGCCUUGGGUCUAUUUUGUCACCUUAAUCAUCAUCGGCUCCUUCUUUGUGCUAAACUUGGUUCUUGGUGUGUUGAGCGGAGAGUUUUCUAAGGAGAGGGAGAAGGCAAAGGCACGUGGAGACUUCCAGAAACUCAGAGAGAAACAGCAGUUGGAAGAGGACCUCAAGGGCUAUCUGGACUGGAUCACUCAGGCUGAAGAUAUCGACCCGGAGAAUGAAGAGGAGGGCAUGGACGAUGACAAGCCAAGAAAUCUGAGCAUGCCAGCCAGUGAGAAUGAAUCAGUCAACACAGACAGUGCCCCCGGGGGAGACGUGGAGGGGGAGACCUGCUGUACCCGGCUAGCAAAUAGGAUCUCCAAAUCCAAGUUCAGUCGCUACUCUCGGCGGUGGAACAGACUGUGUCGAAGAAAGUGCCGGGCUGCUGUCAAAUCACAGGUUUUUUAUUGGCUGGUCAUCUUUCUGGUUUUCCUCAACACGCUCACCAUCGCCUCCGAACAUCACAAGCAGCCUCAGUGGUUAACCGACGUCCAAGACAUCGCCAAUAAGGUGCUGCUGGCCCUCUUCACUGGUGAGAUGCUAUUGAAGAUGUACAGCCUCGGCCUACAGGCAUACUUUGUUUCGCUCUUUAAUCGGUUCGACAGCUUCGUAGUGUGCGGAGGAAUCCUUGAGACCAUUCUGGUGGAGACAAAGAUCAUGUCUCCUCUCGGCAUCUCCGUGCUACGUUGUGUACGUUUGCUGCGAAUCUUCAAAAUAACCAGGUACUGGAACUCGCUGUCCAACCUGGUGGCCUCGCUGCUAAAUUCAGUCCGCUCCAUCGCUUCCUUGCUGCUCCUGCUCUUCCUCUUCAUCAUCAUCUUCUCCCUCCUCGGCAUGCAGCUCUUUGGGGGGAAAUUCAACUUUGACGAGACCCGACGCAGCACCUUUGAUAACUUCCCCCAAUCACUGCUCACUGUUUUCCAGAUCUUAACUGGAGAGGACUGGAACUCAGUGAUGUAUGAUGGCAUCAUGGCGUAUGGUGGGCCUUCUUUCCCCGGCAUGCUGGUCUGCAUCUAUUUCAUCAUCCUCUUCAUCUGUGGAAAUUAUAUCCUACUCAAUGUCUUCUUGGCCAUCGCUGUGGACAAUCUCGCAGAUGCAGAGAGCCUGACAUCAGCGCAGAAAGAAGAGGAAGAGGAGAAGGAGCGGAAAAAAUUAGCCAGGUUGGCCAGUCCAGAGAAGCGUCAUGAUAAUGAGAAGCCUCCUUUAGAAGAGGAGAAGAAGGAGAAGAUAGAGCUGAAAUCCAUCACUUCCGAUGGCGAGACGAAUACUGCUACUAAGAUCAACAUGGAUGACUACUGUGGAGAUGACGGUGAAGAGAAGAACCCAUAUCCCGCCAAUGAUUACCUGGGAGACGAGGAUGAAGAAGAGCCAGAGAUGCCGGUAGGGCCCAGACCACGCCCACUGUCUGACAUCCAGCUCAAGGAAAAGGCUGUUCCCAUGCCCGAGGCCCGCGCCUUCUUCAUCUUCAGCCACACCAACAAAUUCAGGGUGCUGUGCCAUAAGAUCGUCAACCACAACAUCUUCACCAACCUCAUCCUCUUCUUCAUCCUGCUCAGCAGCAUCAGUCUGGCAGCAGAGGACCCGGUCAAGAACGAGUCCUUCAGAAACCAGAUCCUAGGCUAUGCCGACCAUGUCUUCACUGGACUCUUCACCAUUGAGAUCAUCCUCAAGAUGACAGCCUAUGGAGCCUUUCUCCAUAAGGGUUCAUUCUGUCGAAACUACUUCAACAUUCUGGACCUGGUGGUUGUCAGCGUGUCCCUGAUCUCCUAUGGAAUCCAGUCCACUGCCAUUAAUGUGGUGAAGAUCCUGCGCGUGCUGCGAGUGCUCAGACCGCUCAGAGCCAUCAACAGAGCAAAGGGGUUAAAGCAUGUGGUCCAGUGCGUGUUUGUGGCCAUCAGGACCAUCGGCAACAUCGUCAUCGUCACCACGCUGCUGCAGUUCAUGUUCGCUUGUAUCGGCGUGCAGCUCUUCAAGGGCAAGUUCUUCUCCUGUAGCGACAACUCCAAGCAGACUCAAGCAGAGUGCAGAGGUUCAUACAUCAUGUAUAAGGACGGCGAUGUGGGUAAGCCAGAAAGAGCCCAGAGAACGUGGGAGAACAGCGACUUUAAUUUCGAUGACGUCCUGCAAGGCAUGAUGGCUCUGUUUGCUGUGUCUACCUUCGAGGGCUGGCCAGGGUUAUUGUACAAGGCCAUAGACUCUCACGCUGAGGAUGUCGGGCCCAUCUACAACUACCGCGUGGUCAUCUCCAUCUUCUUCAUCAUCUACAUCAUCAUCAUUGCCUUCUUCAUGAUGAACAUCUUUGUCGGUUUUGUCAUCGUCACAUUUCAGGAGCAAGGAGAGCAAGAGUACAAGAACUGUGAGCUGGACAAGAACCAGCGGCAGUGUGUUGAGUACGCCUUGAAAGCACGUCCAUUACGCCGGUACAUCCCCAAGAACCCCUACCAAUAUAAGGUGUGGUACGUCGUCAACUCCACCUACUUUGAGUACCUGAUGUUCACCCUCAUCCUUCUCAACACCAUCUGUCUGGCCAUGCAGCAUCAUGGACAGACCAAAAAUUUUAAUGAUGCCAUGAAUAUCCUCAACAUGCUCUUCACUGGACUCUUCACUGUGGAGAUGAUCCUUAAACUAAUUGCCUUCAAACCCAGGGGGUACUUUAGUGAUCCCUGGAAUGUGUUUGAUUUCCUCAUCGUAAUUGGCAGCAUAAUAGACGUCAUUCUCAGUGAGAUUAACCCAGCUGAGUCGUCCUCGUCCUCCUCCUCUUCGUCCUCCUCCUCCUCCUCUUCCUCCUCUCACCCCCCUGUGGUAAGGCCAAUGGUACGCCCCAACGGUAACCUCGGUCGCCUCCUUUCCUCCUCCACCAUCCCUCCAUCUCUACAUCUCUCCAUCCCUCCUUCUGCUACACCAUCCGUGGGACUGCAGAACUCUGAAGAGAACGCCAGGAUCUCCAUCACCUUCUUCCGGCUGUUCCGCGUGAUGAGGCUGGUGAAGCUGCUGUCUCGCGGGGAAGGGAUUCGGACCCUGCUGUGGACCUUCAUCAAAUCUUUCCAAGCUCUGCCAUACGUAGCUCUUCUUAUAGUGAUGCUAUUCUUCAUAUAUGCUGUCAUCGGCAUGCAGAUGUUUGGUAAAAUAGCGCUGCGGGACAACACGCAGAUCAACAGGAACAACAAUUUCCAGACAUUCCCCCAGGCGGUGCUGCUGCUCUUCAGGUGCGCAACGGGUGAAGCCUGGCAGGAGAUCAUGCUGGCGUGCAAGCCGAUGCGUCCAUGCGAGAAAGGAUCGACCAGUGAGAACAGCACAUCCAGCGAGGACUGCGGCAGCCAGUUCGCCAUCAUUUACUUUGUCAGCUUCUACAUGCUCUGUGCCUUUUUGAUCAUCAACCUGUUCGUGGCUGUCAUCAUGGACAAUUUUGAUUAUCUGACACGUGAUUGGUCGAUCCUCGGGCCUCAUCAUCUUGAUGAAUUCAAGAGGAUCUGGGCCGAAUAUGAUCCAGAAGCUAAGGGGAGGAUAAAGCACCUGGACGUGGUGACUCUGCUGCGAAGAAUCCAGCCGCCCCUCGGCUUUGGAAAACUCUGCCCGCACAGAGUGGCCUGCAAACGUCUGGUGUCAAUGAACAUGCCUCUGAACAGCGACGGGACGGUGAUGUUCAACGCCACACUGUUCGCGCUGGUCAGAACUGCACUCAGGAUCAAAACAGAAGGUAACCUGGAGCAGGCCAAUGAGGAACUGAGGGCUAUAGUGAAGAAAAUCUGGAAGAGAACCAGCAUGAAACUCUUGGAUCAAGUAGUUCCCCCUGCUGGUGACGACGAGGUAACAGUGGGAAAGUUCUACGCCACCUUCCUCAUCCAGGAGUAUUUCCGUAAGUUUAAGAAGAGGAAAGAACAAGGGCUGGUGGCCAAGGUGCCACCAAAGACUGCGCUCUCUCUGCAGGCGGGCCUGCGGACGCUGCAUGACAUCGGUCCAGAGAUUCGAAGGGCCAUCUCCGGGGACCUGAACGUGGAGGAGGAACCGGAUAAAGGUGUGAAGGAGCCUGUGUUGGCUGCAUCCGAGGACGAUAUCUUCAGGCGUUCAGGUGGUUUGUUCGGCAACCACGUCAACUACUACAACCAGAGCGACGGGCGCAGCUCCUUCCCGCAGUCUUUCACUACCCAGCGUCCCUUGCACAUCAGCCAGAAGGGAUCACCUUGUGAAGGCGAGAGCCUGUCCCACGAGAAGCUCAUGGACUCCACCACCUUUACCCCUUCGUCCUAUUCGUCAUCAGGAUCCAACGCCAACAUCAACACGCCAACAACACCGGCAUGGUCGGAGCGGGCGCCGCAGGGCGUCAGUCAGUUCCCCAACCCGUCCAUAAGCACUGUGGAUGGGAACAUGGGCCAGCCGCUCACCCCCAUCCUGCUGCCAAGACCGGCAUGGUGCUUCCCUCCAAAGAGGAUGUGUUUUUAUGACACCCUUGUGCGCUCAGACAGCCAACUGCCAAUCAUCCAGAGAGGGGACGGCUCCACGGAGGAGACGUAUGAUGAAAGCUAUGGCGAUGACAGAGAGUAUGAAGAGGGCGACCACUCGCUGUCGUCUGACAUGCUUGUGUAUCAUGAUGACACGUGUAAGCAGUUGACUCCCAUGGAGGAAGGAGAGGAUGUAGAGGACAGAAGAGGAGGCGGAGGAGGAGGAGGAGGGUGGCAGUCUCCCAGGAGAGUUUUCCUCUGCCCCACUUCCUUGGGGCGGAGAUCAUCCUUCCAUUUGGAAUGUCUCAGGAGACAGUCGAGGACAGAUGUAUCGCAGAAGACUGCUGUACCGCUGCACCUUGUACAUCAUCAGGCUCUGGCAGUUGCUGGGUUGAGUCCUCUAAUAAGAAGAAGUCACUCGCCGACCCUCUUCAGUCGACUGUGCUCCACACAUUCAGAGAGUCCCACAGCCGAAUGCAGUGAUGCCUUGAACCAGCGAGUGCCCUCCCUGAGGCUCGACAGCGCAAACUCCCAUGAAAAGCUCAAUACCAGCUUGCCAUCUGUCAACUGCGGGCCGUGUGUGCCCACGCCCAAUCCGAGGCCGCGUCCAGUGUCACUCACAGUGCCCUUGCUAGUUGGGAAAGAUGCCACCUCUCUGUCCCACGGCAGCGCAGGAAGUCUGGUGGAGGCGGUGCUAAUAUCAGAGGGCUUGGGUCAGUUCGCACAGGACCUGUCCUUCAUCGAGGCGACUAAAGCCGAGUUGGCUGACGCCUGCGAUAUGACCAUCGAGGAGAUGGAGCACGCCGCCAACAACAUUCUCAAUGGCAACUCCUCCACAGACGCCACAUCCAGCACCUCCUCCACCUCGCAGCACAGCGCCAAUGGCAGCCUCCUCCCCUUCCACACAGCAGCAGCAGCAGCAGCAAUGCACAGGGACCGAGGGGUUGGUUCGAGUCCCAGUGAGGGCGGGGGAGAGGCCACGGGAGGUAGAGGCUCCGUCCACGAGCCAUCCUCAGUGGAGGAGCGACAAGAGCUCCUCGCAGGGGGUAGAGGACGAGAAGAAGAGGACGAGGAAGGAGGAGAGAGGGAGGAGGGGCAUCACAGAGGCUCGGCGGUAACUGGAGGAGCGCAGCGGAGGGACAGCAUGCUGUUGGAAGAUGAGGACAUGGAAUGUGUGACGAGUUUGUAGGACUCAACGGGUUCCCUCUGACAUCACUGGAGUCUGACACUUGUCAGUGCUGGGUAACAGCGCCGCCGCUGGCUCUGUCUGUCCCCGCCGCACGCGCUCACGCACACACAUACACUGAUUGCCUCUCUGUCAGACGUAAUCGUUCUGAACAUUGGCGGCCAGUGACGCAACCGUGAACACCUGAUUCCAAGGAACUGGUUGGUUUCUAUGAGUUUGUAUGUUUGUAGUAACGUACGCCACACUAUAUAAAACCGAGCGCGUUUUUGUGUGAUCUUUGAUUUUUGUCUAUUUCUAUGUGUGCGAGUGCGUUUGUAUGUGUGUUCUCCACACGUGUCUGAGUGUGUCUCUAAAGUGCCUCACAGUUUUAUCGCGUCCUCAAAGUGUGACGAGAAAAGUAGAGACAAAGCAAAAAAGAAAACUCGAGAUGAAGGCAAAUAACGGUGGGGUUUUUUUUGUGGUUUUUAUGUGGUGUUUGUUUUGUUGUUGUUUAUCUGGCCACCGUGAAUCCAGGUCGGGGACAACAGGUCAGCUUGUGGGGGGGGUCAGCUACGGUUUCUGUUCUGACCUCUUCCACUUGGAGGUCAACUUCUCCUUCUUAGUUGUACUUCACUGAAGAUGAAGCGCUGUAUUUACUCAACGGGGGAAAGGUAAACCUCGGUUGAAGUCUUUUUUUCCUCCUCCUCUUCCAAAGCUAGGAACCUUGGAGCACAGCCCUGCCAGCCUGGGGGUGGGAUUAAGGUGACGGACCCCCCCCACCACCACCACCACUAACAGUGGAGGAGGAAGGACUUGAGGGAUGGACCAACAGCCUUAACAGGGCUGCUGUAGGGGGCCCAUGGACAGAGACACCCUCUGGCCGAUGGGAUGCUAGCCAGUAAGAGAAAAAUAACCACAUCCGUCACCUCGACCUGGUUUUGCAUCCUCUGCCGUGUUUCUUUCCUCGGCCACGCCCACUUCCUGCACCAAACUGGAAAUGGGAGGAGCACUCAGUUGCCGGAGACAGUGAGCCCCCUUUUCUGCCUCAUACCUCGCCGUUCCUCACGCCUCCCUCUCUCCUUCCUCCCUCGUCUUUGGGUUUCUCCACCCGUCCCUCUCCCUCCAUCGCCGGCCAUUUUUGCUUUCCAUCCUACGGGGAGGCGUGUGUUGACGAGAGCAACAGAAUAACAGGGUGGAGGAGAGAUUGAGAGUGACCAAUUGUUGGAACGGAAACCAACUCUGGGCACCUGCCUGCCAAUCAACCUCACUUCCUUCUCCAGGAUCCUGCUCUUCCUCUCAGCGUGGAAUCCUAUUCGAUUGCUGCCACACACUCUCUCUGCAGACCACACCCACUAUGUACGUAACAGUUCAAUAUUGUGCAGAACUGGCUAGCCAUGACGAUUUUGUUUUAUGAUGUUAUCGGUUUAACUUAUCCUUGAUUUGUUUGCACAAUCGGGGUGCUGGUACUUUUAAUGUAUUUUUCCUCUUUUUAAUUUUAGGAGAAUUUUAAGAAAUUUCAAGUAUUGAAGCAGGGCGUAGUGUUUGCGUGUGAGCGUGUGCGGACGUACGUUUGCAUUUUAGUACCAGAUGCGUGCUUGAGUGUAUCUAAAGAGGGUCUUUCUCUCUAUCAGUAUGCACCUUUUACAGAUUGUAUCUAUUUAUUUAUUUAUUUUCCCAGAAGAUUAAAAAAAAAACUGAGCGUGUAUGAGGAUAUGAGUUUGUGUGCGCGGAUGUUUGCGUUCUUAUGUAUUCUAAAUAGCUGAUUUUAAGCCGAGACAGUAAAUUAAGGUAGCAUUACAAGUAUGGUGUUGUGUGUUGGGAGAGUGUUUGUGGUAAUGGGCCUCCUUAACACAGGGUUACCAUGGACAGGCAUGCUUCCAAAGCUUCAGGAUUUCUUUAGCACAGUUUUUACAUUUUAGCCAAGCUGCAGCAUCGAAGGCUUUCAAAAUCAGCACCACCCAGUGUGACUAAACAACCCUUACAAUCCAGCCUCGGUAUACCGUAGCCUCCAUACAAGUGUAACCUUCUUGUGGUAGUACAUGUAGCCCAAAAUAAGAAAAUUCUCCAAUCAUGUCGAGGACUAUAUCACAUUAUUUAUCUUAUAUGGAUUCUGAGAAGGUAUAGUUUACACUAUCUAUGUCCAAAGGUUGUGAAGUAAUGGGGUAAAACUUACAGUUGCUUAAAUUUUUAUUUAAAAAUGGUGAUGCAAAUUAUUGGUUGAACUAAUAGGAUGCUUAGUUAUCAUAUUAUGUGGCAACCUACUGUCCAAUACAUUGACUUUGAUUGCCCUUUAGUUUAGAGAGAAAGCUUUUAAAACAGUCAAAACUGUUUCAUUUAUUGCAAUGCAUCAAUUUGCAGGACAUUUUCAAUAUAUUUUUCACCAUAUUUGCUGUUUUUUAACCUAUAACUCCAUGACAUUGGGAUGUAGACUCUACAAACUAUACCUUGUUGGAAACCUUGUGAUCUGACAAAUGAUAUGGCAUACUUUACAACAAGAAUGGCACAUGUUAAAAUUUUGAUCCCUAUAUAAUAUCUGACUAAACCCUACCUGGGUAUAGCUACUAUUCUGGGAUGGUUAUUGCUUUGUGUGUAGGCCAUGUUAUACUUGUUGUUUGGCCACUUUAACUAGUACCAGUUUGGUCAGAAUUGGCUAUGGUCCCAUGGACUAUGUUGGGCUUAUGCAGCUUGGCCAGAAAGUUGCUUUGAAAGGUAGAAGCACCAGUUUCGUUCACCGGUUCGAGGCCAGCUGAGGGACCAUAACUCAUGACUUCAUUACUUAUCUUAGUUUAUACUCCAAAAGAACUAUUUAGGGCUGGUAUACAGAUGCUGCAAGACUUUUUGAAAUACAUUUCUAUGACGUCUGCUCAUAUCACAAAACUUUAUCAUUUGUAGACAUAAACAUAUAUUUGCUGGCAAAGUAAGUGAGCUGAAAAUGAUGGUGCAGACCAGAAAUGUAUUGAUAAGUGAACAGCUGUAAUUGCUUGGCAGUGAGAUCAAGGAAUAUGCUGGAUGAUCCCUUGGUGUGUCUUGUGUUUGAUAAUUUUUGUUUGGACAGAGUUGAAUUGUGGCCACAGUAUUCCACAGCCAUGUUAUGGUACUCAGGCCUCAGUACAUUAUAAAUGCACAGGUCUCUGUUUCAUUUUGUAAUCGUAUGUUUCCCGAAAAA